AUGCUGAGAAAGAACCCAGAAUUUGUGGUGGAUUUCUGUGUGAGCCCUGCUCAAGGCAGUGACAUCGCAUUCCACUUCCGAGUCUAUGCAAACAGUGUGGUGGUGAUGAACAGUUUACAUAAAGGGGGAUGGAGGGAGGAAGAGAAAUCUUCUUCUGACCCUUUUGUGCCAGGGCAGCCAUUUGAACUUCGAUUUUUGGUGCUGGAGAAUGAAUACCAGGUGUUUGUUAAUCACAAGUCCAUCUAUGUCUUUGCCCACCGCCUGCCCCCACAGUCUGUGAGAAUGCUGGAGCCAAACCCCUACCGACAGUCUGUUUCUCUGAGUGCGGGUUGUGUGGUGAAGAUCAACGCAGAUCUUAUGGUACGCUGUGGAGGGCUCACAGAAUUUGUGGUGGAUUUCUGCGUGAGUCCUGUGGAAGGUGGCGACAUCGCAUUCCAUUUCCGAGUCUACAUGAACAACGUCGUGGUGAUGAACAGCUUCCAGGAAGGGGGAUGGAGGGAGGAAAAGAAAGCUUCUUCUGACCCUUUUGUGCCACAGCAGCCAUUUGAGCUUCGAUUUUUGGUGCAGGAGAAUGAAUACCAGGUGUUUGUGAAUAAUAAGUCCACCUACACCUUUGCCCACCGCCUGCCACCACACUCUGUGAAAAUGCUGGAGGUGAGAGGAGAUAUUGUGCUGACUUCAGUGGAUGUUUGUUGA